AUCGGAUCAUGUGUUGACAACCGCACCGCGUCUCCAUGGCAACUGAGCAAACUCCAUCCUGCCGACGAGGAAGGCUGUGAGAUGCGGGUUGAAGGUUCCAGAAAAAAGAGUGUGUUUCAGAAUGUACACAGAGAAGAAGGGUCUGCAGCUCGGUCUGGUCGGCUGGGUAAGGAACACCUACCACGGGACGGUGGAGGGGCAGGUCCAGGGUCCUGCUACCAUGGUGGAGGACAUGAAGGUGUGGUUGAGUAAAGAAGGAAGUCCAACCAGUCGGAUCACCAGAGCCUCCUUCGCCGACCAGAGAACCAUCGACACGCUGGAGCUCUCCGGCUUCAAGACCCGCUUCUGAUCAACGAAUCAAACGUACCCCAAAGACCUCCUCUUCUCCUCGAGAUGAGACCCUGAGUGCCCACUUAUGAU